AUGUUAGCGGUGGUAAUCGUGGGCAAUGGCGGAGUAGGAAAGUCCAGCAUGAUUCAACGAUACUGUAAGGGUACUUUCACCAAAGACUACAAAAAGACUAUAGGAGUCGAUUUUUUAGAACGGCAAAUCGAAGUUGAUGGUGAAGAUGUUCGACUUAUGUUGUGGGACACAGCAGGACAGGAGGAAUUCGAUGCCAUUACUAAGGCUUACUAUCGAGGUGCACAAGCUUGCGUGCUUGCAUUUUCCACAACGGAUAGAGAUUCAUUUGAAGCAGCACAUUCCUGGAAACUUAAGGUGGAAAAUGAAUGCGGAGAAAUUCCCACAGUGAUUGUCCAGAACAAAAUUGACCUUUUGGAACAAAGUGUAGUCAAUCCAGAGGAAGCUGAACUUCUGGCUCGAGCUCUGGGUUGCAGACUUGUUCGAACUUCAGUUAAGGAAGAUGUAAACGUGUCUGCUGUGUUCCGGCAUCUUGCUCAACGUUGUCUUGCUGAACUUCGCGACCCUCGGGAAGACGACUGCGCCAUUCCUGGAGACUACUUUUCUAUACGCCAGCCCGCGAUGCACCACAACGCCCUCAGUAUAAGUGCUUUUAGCCCUAGUCAUUCAUCCAAAAACCACAAUGGGACGAUAGUUUUGAAACCCCACAAGCAUAAAAAGAAGAAAAACGUCUUAAAAAAUGCAUGUAGAAUACUCUAG